CCAUUUUCCAAAUAUGUCCUCCAUUUUCUGAUUUGUUUGUAAAAAAAGCUUAUUGUGCCUCUAAAAAAACAUUUUUUAUCGGCCUUUUAAUACCGACCUCAUGCCUUUCGACGCGUUUUUUAAACUGUAACUCUCUAGGGAUAAUACGUAAAAUCCUCGGGUACUCGGUAUCCUGUUUGUGAAAGUGAUCAAUAUAGUUUUAGAAUUAGGGACAACAGUAUAAGAUUCAAGCAGAAAGAAAUGGAAGUUGGCGAUCAAUUUUCGCUGUGUUGGAACAAUUUUCACACGAAUCUAAGCACAGGCUUCCACAGCCUUCUAGAAGACGAGGAUCUAGUCGACGUUACCUUGGCAGCCGAUGGCAAAUACCUGAAAGCUCACAAAACGGUUCUUUCAGUGUGCAGUCCCUUUUUCAAGGAUCUCUUUAGGGUAAAUCCUUGCAAGCACCCCAUAGUUAUACUCCCCGACGUAAACUACGAGGCACUGAAGAAUUUACUACACUUUAUGUAUCAUGGAGAAGUGAGCGUUAGCCAAGAGGAAAUUCCUACUUUUAUGAAAGUAGCCGAAACCCUUAGAGUUAAAGGACUCACAGAUAAUACUUCUGACAACACAAAUGGAUUUCAAUCAGCCAGUUCAUACAGUGACCAAAAAAGAAACGAGUAUCGUAAGAGAUCCAGACCAUCAAGAAAACUGAUCAGGCCACUUCAGUCACUCAGGCCGUUAGAAACCCCCAAACCAGAGCCUUCGCAAUCUCCAAAGUUGAAUCCUUUGCCCCCUCCUGUACCUCUAGUAAUGCCACAUCCUCCCAAACUGGUUACACCACCCCCAGCGCUCUCUGUAGCCCCACCGGAGGAAGAAUCACUAAUUCAGCCUUCUUUAGGGUCUCCCAUUGAGAAUCCACUGGCUUUGAUCAAACCAAAGGAGGAGAUAGUCGAUCAUAGUGAUACAGGCUCUCAGGGUGCAAUGGAUGAAAAUAUGGAGUUGUCGAGUAUGUUGGAUAUACAGCUUAGUGGAGGUGAACCUUCACCUUCUCAGUUAACACCUCCAUGGCCAGCACCUCCGGACAGUUCAGGGAUGGGGUCCAACGAUGAUUCACAACCCGGAUUGGCUAUCAUCAAAAGUGGAAAAGGACAGCUAGUGCUGAUACACAACGGACACAUGUACACACGUUCCAACACCAACGCGGACAAAAGUCUUUGGGUGUGCGUCAAAACAAAAACCUUGUCCUGUAAAGGAGCAAUUCUAACUAAAAGAGGGCAGGUUCUUGGCUCAACAGAUCACAAUCAUUAUCCGAUCCAGGACGUGAUCAGUCGGAUACAGCUCCAAAACGCUCAAAACCGUGCCGCAGAGCAGAGGUGAAAGCAGCACUGCUCUGAAGUUAGGUACGGGAUAAAAGAAGAACCAAAGCGACAUCGUGCGUCCUCGAGGUUUUUCGUGCCUUCUCGGUUAUAUGGGUAAUACGCCAAUCGGAUGCAUUCGGACCAUUUUUGCCACGCCUAAUCGUUGCACCAAACGUAUACAGUGUGAUUCCGGUUUUAAGACAAUGAUUGUAUAUACAGGGUGGCUCACUUUUUUCAAAAAAGCUUCAUAACAAUUAUUUAUACCAAGGUAUAAAUUAUGACAAUCAAGUUUUUAUAAACAGUGGGCCACCCUGUGUAUACAUGAUUUUCUCCUGUCUAUAUUUGAACAAAAUUUAUUGUAAAAAACCUUUUCUGAUUUGUAUCACUAAAAUUAUGACAUUUGACAAGUGACAAGCUACUGUCACCUGUCUCACUUCGACCGGAAGUUAAAAGUAACAAAGAUUACUAAUAAAAUCUAAAAUUAAUAUUCCAAACAUAAUUAUUUUAUAAAAAAAAAUUAAAGGGCGAUAGAUUAACAAAAUACAACACUGUGCGAUGGUCUUACCAAAAGAAUUUACCAAAUAUUUGCCAUAUAUUUAUGUAUAUGUACUCCUCACCUUUUUUUAUGUAAAUUUAGAUAUAUUUUAUCUAUAUCAUAGAGUUUAUUUUUUAUUAGUUAAUUUAUGUAUUAGAAUAUUUUUUCAUUUUAUAUCCAUAUAGUAUUUCUCGCGAGUUUUGUUGUUCUUCUGACAAAUAUAGAAUCGUAUUUUUUUAUUUAAUCUUGAACGAAAUGAAUUAAAAUUUUAUUUUUGAACAAAAAAUGACACGUUUUUAGGUGUUUUUACAUUUUAAGAAUCGAAUAUUUAAUUUCUUGCAAUAAGGUGCAAUAAUAUUGCAAAAAUACACUUUAAUAGAGAAUUUUGACUGUUAGAUUUAUAAUGUUAUUAUUUUUCAAAAUAUUUAAUAAAAGAAAUGACAUUGAAACGCUUGUUUUAUUUUUUUAAUGCCUAUAAACACUCACUAAUAAAAAUAAAAAAUAUAUUUAAGGCUUUAAAUCCUAGAUUAUUUAUACUUUCAUAGAUACCUCUAUGAUAUAAGAUAUGUAUUAUCAUAAAUAGGCAUGCGACCAAAAAAAAAUCCGUCAUAGUUGGCUCAGAAAUGAAGAUCGCCGUCAUUUUAUAUGUAAAAUAGGCAUGUCAUCGAUCCUCACGUCAAAGCUUACUUAACGUCGCUUUUUUUUUCGAUCAUACCAUAUGUUUCCUUCAUUUUCAACAUGACUAUCUUAUAACAUAUAGACAAAAAGAGAUUUUUUAGAAAUACAGUGUUGAAAUUAAAAAUAUAUAUUUUUCCGUUUCAAAUUUGCCGCCAAAAUGAGUUACUAACCACAGAGAUAGAAAACAGGAAACGUCAUAGAGAUGGAAGAACAAAGAACGACUAUUAUGUUGACGUCAUAAUUUAGGUAGUUAUAGCGGUAACCACGAAAGUAUACACGAUCUAAGGUCCAAAGAACAUUAGAAAAAAAAAUGAAAAAAAAAAACAUAUAUUUCUAGAAAAAUAUUUUAGUAUCUAUGGAAUUGGUGUUCAAAUAUAUCUUUUCGCAUAUCUAUUUAGACCAUACCUUUCUUUUAUUGCGUUUUUUUCAUAGACUCUGUUUUACCAAUUAUCUAUCCUUAAUACUAUGUUUUUAAAAGAAAUGGUCUAAAAUAUUGCGCGAAAAAAAUGAGGGAAUGUAUCACCAGAGACAGUGUCUUAACAAUAAUACAUCUCACUAUAUUCGCAAUAAUGAAGAUUUAAGCAGCAGACUAACUUGUCGAAUUUGAGGUUAGAAUCUCUAGAAAGCGCAUGUGUGAUAUGUGUGACAUCACGUGUC